AUGAAAUCAUCCAAUAACCUUGUUCAUGUUGGUUUGCAAACAAAUAAGCUAAAUUCUAUCACCAAGCAAAGUGAAACUGGAAACGAUCCAAAGGGCAUAAACGGAAAAGCAAAUCAUGCAAGUGGCAGUGAGGAUGGUAGUGCAAAAGGCAAAGCAAAAGGUAUAAAGGGUGGUGAUGACAUUGGAACCUACACAUAUUUAAAAGUCUCCUAUUCACUUGAUGAUAAUGGAUCGAGUGAUUAUGUUGCCUUUUCUGAAAGGGUACUGAUGUUGUGGCUUUCCAGAAGCCAAUUCUACCAAUGUGCUUUUUCCAGGCUAUGGGGAGCAUCUAAAGAUUUGGUUUAUUUGCUUGGAUUAUGCAAUGAAUAA